AUGCCUUCAGCUAAAGUGCUAAAGAAUACCCAGUACAUAGAACUGGGCAGUUACCAGUACUGGCCCGUUCUUGUGCCCAGAGGAAUUCGUCUGUACACUUACGAGCAAGUGCCGGGCUUUCUGAAAGAAAAUCCGUACAUUACAGAUGGCUACAGGGCGUACCUGACUUCUAAACUGUGUAUUAAAAGUCUCUUCAUCCUUUCUAACGAGACCGUGAACAUCUGGAGCCACUUGCUGGGCUUCUUCCUGUUCCUCUCGCUGGGCCUGUACGACAUGGUGGGGGUGCUGCCAAUGGUUGCGGCCACCAGAGAGGAUUAUGUCAUCUACGCUAUCGGACUCUUCUGCUUCCAGGUGUGUAUGCUGUGCUCGGUGGGGUAUCAUCUGUUCUGCUGCCACCGCUCAGAGAAAAGCAGUCGGCGCUGGAUGGCCCUGGAUUACGCCGGAAUCUCCAUCGGGACUUUGGGCUGCUACGUUCCCGGUGUCUUCUACGGCUUUUACUGCAAUAAUUACUGGAGACAGGUGUAUUUGAUCGUGGUUCUGGCCAUGACGCUGGGAGUCUUCUUCGCCCAGAUCCAUCCUCUGUACCUGACCAAGAAGUGGCAAAAGCUGCGCUCGGUCAUCUUCUGCUCUGUGGUGGCCUAUGGCCUCAUCCCUACCGUCCACUGGAUCUGGCUGAGUGGAGGAUUCGGUGCUGAAAUAGUGCAGGCAUUUCUUCCCAGAGUGCUAAUAAUGUACCUCCUCGCUGCAUCUGGAUUCGUCUUUUAUGUCUCCAAAAUUCCUGAACGCUACUUCCCAGGUCAGCUGAACUACGUGGGUUCGAGCCACCAGCUGUGGCACAUUCUGGUGGUGCUGAUGUUCUACUGGUGGCAUCGGUCUGCACUGUUCAUCACUAACUACCGGCACACACACGCCUGCCCAGGCUACCCCCAGCAUUCUUAGGGACGUGAGGAACGACCUGAGUGUGAGGAGGAAUAACGACAGAGAGACUUUAUUUAAACGCACAGCGGUUGAACUGCAGGUAAGAUCCACGUACAGACGCUGACUGCGGAUGUUUUCUGCACUAUGGGAACUUAAUACGAACCCGAAAAGACUUUCUACUCCAACACCUGUGGACAGAUUUUUUUAUUGGUUUUUAAUUAUAGUAGAAGUGCCUAGUCCUCACAAAACUAUUUAAGGGUUUUUUGGAUAGUAGUGCUCAGAAAUGCCCAGGUAAUGAUAUAGGAGGCUUAUACACACCUUGUUUUUAUUAGUGUUGAUAGUAACUACGGAGCCCUGCAGGGGACAUCCUGUAUAAAUAAAAAAAAAUGCAAAAAAAAAUGACGUAUUGACUAAUGGAGAAAGAUCCUAAAUCUCGGCUAUGACUAAGCAAGGAGUGGGAACGAGAUAUGCAAAGAUUGUACACCGAUCAGCCAUAACAUUAAAACCACCUCCUUGUUUCUACACUCACUGUCCAUUUUAUCAGCUCCACUUACCAUAU